UGCCUAUUGCAGGGAGCGCUCGCAACGUCGGGCGUUCUAUCUGAUCGAAGGCUGAGCUCUUUCGUUAUUUCGCCCCGGCGGCUGGAGCUGAUUUCAUCCUCUGUAUCAUUCAACAGGAUCUGCAGGGAGAGCUGCGGCUGGAGAGAGGACCUGCGCCCAGCCCAGGCCACCCCACGUCCAGCUUCUUCUGGCAUUUGGGGUCCAUUUGUGCUGCUCUUCUGGUUGAGGUCCUCGAUUUCCCAAGAUGUUGGACCCAUCUUCCAGCGAGGAAUCGGAUGGCCAAGGGGAAGAAGAAUGCAAGGAGGUGCCGGCCCCGACCACGGGGACUAGGUUGUCCCCCAGUAGGACCAGCGAGAGCUCCGGGGGUCUCCAGCCCAGUAGCCGGAGCAGCAGUGUGAGACCCUCCAGCCCUAGCCCAUCGGUGGUCAGCGAGAAGGAGAAGGAAGAGCUGGAGAGAUUGCAGAAGGAAGAAGAGGAGAGGAAGAGGAAGCUUCAGCUCUAUGUGUUUGUAAUGAGGUGCAUCGCCUACCCUUUCAAUGCCAAGCAGCCCACCGACAUGGCGAGGAGGCAGCAGAAGAUAAGCAAACAGCAACUACAGACUGUCAAAGAUAGAUUUCAAGCGUUUUUCAAUGGAGAAACACAAAUCGUAGCUGAUGAGGCUUUUAUGAACGCCGUUCAGAGCUACUAUGAGGUCUUUCUGAAGAGCGACCGAGUGGCCAGGAUGGUCCAAAGCGGAGGGUGUUCGGCCAACGAUUCUCGAGAGGUCUUCAAGAAGCACAUUGAAAAACGCGUGCGGAGUCUUCCAGAGAUCGACGGUCUUAGUAAAGAAACUGUGCUGAGCUCUUGGAUGGCGAAGUUCGAUGCUAUUUAUCGGGGCGAGGAGGAUCCCCGUAAGCAGCAGGCCAGGAUGACAGCCAGCGCGGCCUCCGAGCUCAUCCUGAGUAAAGAACAGCUGUAUGAGAUGUUCCAGCAGAUUCUGGGAAUAAAGAAAUUUGAACAUCAGCUUCUGUACAACGCCUGCCAGUUGGAUAAUCCAGACGAACAAGCUGCCCAGAUAAGAAGGGAAUUAGAUGGCCGUCUUCAAAUGGCUGAUCAAAUUGCAAGAGAACGCAAGUUUCCGAAAUUCGUCUCAAAGGAAAUGGAAAACAUGUACAUCGAGGAGCUGAAGUCUUCUGUAAAUUUACUUAUGGCCAACUUGGAGAGCAUGCCGGUGUCUAAAGGCGGGUCUGAAUUCAAACUGCAAAAAUUGAAACGCAGCCAUAACACAUCGAUUAUAGACAUGGGAGAAGAGAAUGAGAAUCAGCUUUCCAAGUCUGAUGUUGUACUGUCCUUCAGUCUAGAAGUUGUAAUAAUGGAAGUCCAAGGUUUGAAAUCCUUAGCACCGAACCGUAUCGUGUAUUGCACCAUGGAAGUAGAAGGCGGUGAAAAACUUCAGACCGACCAGGCGGAGGCUUCCAAACCAACAUGGGGAACUCAAGGGGAUUUCAACACCACUCAUGCGCUACCGGCGGUCAAAGUGAAGCUUUUUACAGAGAGCACUGGAGUCUUGGCGCUGGAGGAUAAGGAGCUCGGACGGGUCGUUUUGCACCCAACACCCAACAGCCCCAAACAGUCGGAGUUGCAUAAAAUGACGGUUUCCAAAAACUGUCCCGAUCACGAUCUGAAGAUCAAAUUAGCUGUUCGAAUGGACAAGCCCCAGAACAUGAAGCAUUGUGGGUAUUUAUGGGCCAUCGGUAAAAACGUAUGGAAAAGGUGGAAAAAGAGGUUCUUCGUUCUGGUUCAGGUUAGUCAGUACACGUUUGCGAUGUGUAGUUACCGAGAGAAGAAGGCAGAGCCCCAAGAACUUCUGCAGCUGGAUGGAUACACCGUCGACUACACCGACCCACAGCCAGGUUUGGAAGGCGGCAGAUCGUUUUUUAACGCCGUCAAAGAAGGAGACACGGUGAUCUUCGCAAGCGACGACGAACAGGAUAGGAUUCUGUGGGUCCAGGCCAUGUAUCGAGCCACGGGACAGUCGCACAAACCCGUACCCCCCACCCAGGUCCAAAAACUCAACGCUAAAGGAGGAAACGUACCGCAGCUUGACGCGCCCAUUUCACAAUUCUAUGCUGAUAGAGCACAAAAGCAUGGCAUGGAUGAAUUUAUCUCUUCCAACCCUUGUAACUUUGACCACGCUUCAUUGUUCGAGAUGUUGCAGCGCCUCACAUUGGACCAUAGACUUAGCGACUCCUACUCAUGCCUGGGUUGGUUCAGCCCUGGGCAGGUCUUUGUCCUAGAUGAAUACUGUGCAAGAUACGGGGUUAGAGGCUGUCACCGACAUUUAUGUUAUCUCAGUGACUUGCUAGAGCGAGCGGAGAACGGCGCAAUGGUUGACCCCACUCUACUGCACUAUAGUUUUGCUUUUUGUGCAUCUCAUGUACAUGGAAACAGGCCUGACGGGAUAGGAACCGUAACGUUUGAAGAAAAAGAGCGUUUCGAAGACAUCAAAGAGAGGCUGCGUCUGCUUCUGGAGAAUCAAAUCACACAUUUUAGGUACUGUUUUCCAUUUGGGCGACCCGAGGGGGCUUUAAAAGCUACUCUGUCCCUGCUGGAGAGGGUUUUAAUGAAGGAUAUUGUUACACCCGUCCCUCAAGAAGAUGUGAAAAAUGUGAUCCGUAAAUGCUUAGAACAAGCGGCUUUAGUGAAUUAUACCAGACUAUCAGAAUAUGCAAAAAUUGAAGGCAAAAAGAGAGAAAUGUAUGAACAUCCAGUCUUCUGCUUGGCCUCCCAAGUGAUGGAUUUAACCAUUCAAAAUCAAAAGGACGCAGAAAACGUAGGGAGAUUAGUAACACCUGCCAAAAAACUGGAGGACACAAUACGACUCGCGGAACUUGUAAUCGAAGUUCUCCAGCAGAACGAGGAACAUCACGCGGAGGCAUUUGCUUGGUGGUCAGACUUAAUGGUCGAGCACGCGGAGACGUUCCUCUCGCUUUUUGCUGUGGACAUGGACGCCGCUCUAGAAGUCCAACCUCCAGAUACGUGGGAUAGCUUUCCGUUGUUUCAGCUACUAAACGAUUUCCUUCGCAGCGACUAUAAUUUAUGCAAUGGAAAAUUCCACAAACACCUCCAAGAUCUAUAUGCCCCACUUGUUGUCAGAUAUGUUGACCUCAUGGAGUCUUCAAUUGCACAAUCAAUUCACAGGGGCUUUGAGCGUGAAUCGUGGGAACCCGUAAAGAGUUUAACGAGUAAUCUGCCCAAUGUGAAUCUUCCAAAUGUGAACCUCCCCAAAGUACCAGUUACCUUACCAGUUAACCUCCCUCAAAUGCCUAGCUUUUCUGCUCCGUCAUGGAUGGCUGCUGUAUAUGAUUCUGAUAAUGGAUCGGCCACCUCUGAAGAUUUAUUUUGGAAACUCGACGCCCUACAAACUUUUAUCCGGGACCUCCACUGGCCCGAGGAAGAAUUUGGCAAUCACCUCGAACAGCGCCUUAAGCUUAUGGCAAGCGACAUGAUCGAGUCUUGUGUCAAAAGAACCAGAAUUGCAUUCGAAGUGAAGUUACAGAAAACCAGCCGAUCAACCGACUUCCGUGUUCCUCAGUCAAUAUGCACCAUGUUUAACGUUAUGGUUGACGCCAAGGCCCAGUCAACCAAACUCUGUAGCAUGGAAAUGGGCCAAGAGCACCAAUACCAUUCAAAAAUUGAUGAGCUAAUUGAAGAAACAGUUAAAGAAAUGAUAACACUUUUAGUGGCGAAGUUUGUGACUAUUCUAGAAGGUGUUCUGUCCAAGCUCUCCCGAUACGACGAAGGAACGUUAUUUUCCUCGUUUCUCUCAUUUACAGUAAAAGCAGCUUCCAAGUAUGUGGAUGUACCUAAACCGGGAAUGGACCUCGCUGAUGCUUAUGUGACAUUUGUGCGCCACUCUCAGGAUGUUCUGCGAGAUAAGGUCAAUGAGGAGAUAUAUAUAGAAAGGUUAUUUGAUAAAAGGCUGGAUGAUAAUAGUACUGUCAUGUACCUGAGAAUAUGUGAGCAAUGGUAUACAAGCUCAAUGAAUGUUGUUUGCACCUGGUUGACGGAUCGCAUGGAUUUACAGCUUCAUAUUUAUCAGCUGAAAACGCUCAUUCGGAUCGUCAAGAAAAAGUAUCGAGAUUUCAGAUUGCAAGGCGUCUUGGAUUCUACCCUAAACAGCAAGACAUACGACACGAUCAGAAACAGACUGACGGUAGAGGAAGCCACGGCGUCGGUUAGCGAAGGUGGUGGCCUCCAAGGAAUCACCAUGAAAGACAGCGACGAAGAAGACGAAGAAGACGAUUGAAUAUUUUGAUUAAGAGGCCCAAUUGGAUGUAGCCUUGUACCCAGUGCAUGUGUGUUAUUAUGUUAUCCACAUUAGGGAAAUUUCUGUCUGCUCCAACCACCCCAUAAGAAUUUUACCAAUAGAACUGUCAUUCUAGCUACGUGAUAAUACAGAUACCGUACACACCUUGCAUUUGGUUCAUUUUUCCGAAAGUUUUUCAAAGCUAUAUAUAUGUUCAUAAGCAAUAUAGAGCACCAUCGUUUAAAACUGUUCAUUGAAACAUAACGGAUACAUUCUAGAUGUCUCCCUGUCCUCAGCAAAAGUAUACAGCGCUUCAUCACUGUAAUGUAUAUAUAUAUACGUUGAUGGUAAAUUGUUGUGAAAAUCAGUGACCUCUGGUAAUUUUAUUUACGUUGCGUGGAUGCCAACUUCUUCAAAUGAAUGACUUCAAAAAGGCUUUGUUUUUAAAGACAAGUAAGGCUACACCCAACGAGGUUCGACUAUGGUGAAUCCAUUGAAAAGCAGAUUUAUUUCUCGUUUGUGACCCAUCAGGUUUUAUUCAACGUUCCGUUAGUUCAGUAGAGGUUACAUAUCGGCGGAUUAGACAAAUGUUGUCAUAAAAUACAUCGAAUCGAACAAGUUACAGUUUAAAACAGCUUUAUGUUGACUGUCUUUCAAUGUUUUUUUUGUUUUGUUUAGGUUUUAAUAAAAGUAUAUGUAAAAAAAAAGAUAAAAUAAAAAAGAAAGACAACUUUAAUAACAAACUUAGACUAUAAACUGUGUUUAUAAUAUUAUAUAAAACUUAUUUCCGUAGAUUGUAGCCUUGAUUUACAUUACUUUUAUGUUUCACAAUUGUUUUUAUAUUUGCCAUGUACAUUGCAUUUUAUCCAGUAACUGCAUGUCGCCAGGGUCCCCAAGAAGCUUUUCUUCCCUCUUUCUGUGUAAAAUAGUGGAUCCAUCUUGCUUUUGCCUUACAAAAGCCUACAGUUGUAAAAGUGUGAGGACUGUGGCUUCUCAAUAAAUAACUAUUCAGAUGUCUUA